AUGACAAAGAAGUUCGAGUUCAACUGGCAAAUCGAUGUACCGGAACUCUUGAGAAACGGCUCGACGUUCGACCGAUGGUUUGAGGACAAGGAAACGACGGAAUAUGAGCCGAAUUGUUUGUUUAAAGUCGACGAGUAUGGAUUUUUUGUCUAUUGGAAGAGCGAUGGCAAGGACGGCGACGUAAUAGAAUUGGCCCAAGUCAGCGAUAUUCGUUAUGGUGGUACACCAAAGGAUCCAAAAUUAUGUAAUAAAGUGGGUAAACACGGGACUAUGGAGCAGAUAGAUGAAAAAAGCUUAACCAUAUGCUCCGGAAUUGAUUACACGAACAUUCAUUAUCAACACGUUAUCUGUGCGGACGCGAAAACCGCCAAGGACUGGCAAGCUGGCCUGCGAAAAAUCACGCACAACACGAAAGCUUCGAAUGUUUGCCCCACAACGCAGUUAAUGAAACAUUGGAUGAGAUUAAGUUUCCAAGUGGAUCCAAAGGGAAAGGUGCCCGUGAAAGUAAUAUCGAAAACCUUCGCCUCUGGUAAGACUGAGAAACUAGUUUAUCAAGGCCUGGCAGACUUGGGUUUACCCAGCGGAAAAAGCGACAAAAUUGAGCCGCAAGAUUUCACGUUCGACAAAUUCAAAACGUUAUACUUCAAAACAUGCCCGCGGAACGAUAUCGAAGAACUAUUCCAAUCGAUAACAAAGGGGAAAUCGGAUACGAUCAAUCUGGGCCAGUUGGUGCAGUUUAUGAAUGAGAAACAAAGGGACCCUAGGCUCAAUGAAAUUUUGUAUCCCCUUUACGACGAGAAACGGUGCACCGAAAUAAUUAAUGAUUACGAACAGGAUGAAAAAGCGAGAAACGCAAAAAGCUUCACCAAAGACGGCUUCAUUCGUUAUUUAAUGUCCGACGAAAAUGCCCCCGUGUUUUUGGACAAAUUGGAGGAGUGGAUGGACAUGGAUCAGCCCCUCUCUCAUUAUUAUAUCAAUUCGAGUCAUAACACUUAUCUGAGCGGCAGGCAGAUCGGUGGUAAAAGUACCGUUGAGAUGUACAGACAAGUGUUAUUAGCUGGCUGCAGGUGCGUAGAGCUCGAUUGCUGGGACGGAAAGGGAGAGGACGAGGAGCCAAUCAUAACCCACGGCAAGGCCAUGUGUACCGAUAUUCUCUUCAAGGAUGUCAUAUACGCCUUAAGAGACACGGCAUUCGUCACCUCGGAGUACCCUAUAAUUUUGAGCUUCGAGAAUCAUUGUUGUCUCAAACAGCAAUACAAAUUAGCUAAAUACUGCGACGAAAUAUUGGGUGAUUUGUUGCUAAAAGAGCCUAUAAAGGACUAUCCGCUUGAACCAGGGCAUCCACUUCCACCACCGAACGCGCUGAAACGUAAAAUAUUAAUCAAGAAUAAAAGACUGAAGCCAGAGGUGGAGAAAGUCGAACUCGAGUUGUUCCGCUCCGGGCAAUUCGAAGCGAAGGAUGAAGUGGUCGAAGAUCCAAACGCACCUGCUCCACCACCGCAGGAACCAAAGGAGGAGCCACCACCCGAAGCCGCGCCAGCUGAAGGAGCACCACCAGGCGAAGGUGGUGCCGAAGGUGAAGCACCGCCGAUUCAGUAUACCGGCAGUACUAUGGCGUGCCAUCCUUGGCUUUCUUCGAUGAUAAAUUAUGCACAACCGAUAAAGUUCCAGAGCUUCGAGACUGCUGAGAAGAAAAACAUUCACCACAACAUGUCGUCAUUCUCGGAGACCGCUGCGUUGAAUUAUCUGAAAACGAAUUCCGUAGAAUUCGUAAAUUAUAACAAGCGUCAAAUGAGUCGAAUUUAUCCGAAGGGCACGCGAGCAGAUUCCUCGAAUUACAUGCCACAGGUCUUCUGGAACGCAGGCUGCCAAAUGGUAGCACUGAACUUCCAAACGCCUGACUUGCCUAUGCAGUUGAAUCAAGGAAAGUUUGAAUACAACGCAACGACCGGAUAUUUAUUAAAGCCAGACUUCAUGAGGAGGCCGGACCGAAAUUUCGAUCCGUUCUCCGAGGACGUCGAUGGUGUCAUUACUGCUCAAUGUUCCGUUCAAGUGAUAGCAGGUCAAUUCUUGUCUGACAAGAAAGUGGGCACCUACGUCGAAGUAGAUAUGUAUGGUUUGCCAGCAGACACCAUCAAAAAGGAAUUCAGAACGCGAAUGGUCCCAGCGAACGGGCUGAAUCCUGUUUACAACGAGGAGCCGUUCCUUUUCCGAAAAGUUGUGCUUCCGGAUUUGGCUGUGCUCCGAUUCGGCGUGUACGAAGAGUCCGGAAAACUGUUGGGUCAACGUAUCCUACCGUUGGACGGCCUUCAGGCCGGAUAUAGACAUAUCUCAUUGAAGACCGAGGCGAAUUUCCCAAUGGCACUGCCGAUGUUGUUCUGCAACAUCGAGCUGAAGAUUUACGUGCCCGAUGGAUUCGAAGACUUCAUGGCCGCCCUCUCUGAUCCGGGCGCGUUCAGCAAGGGAGCGGAGAAACAAGCGGAGACGAUGAAAGGGCUUGGAAUCGAGCAGACCGACGCGAAGACCGAGGCGAAGAAGAAGAAGGAGGAGGAGGCCAAAAAGGAGGAGUUCAAACCGGAUCCGAUUACGGUGGAGUCGUUGCGACGUGAAAAAACGUUCAAGAUGGGUAAAAAGCAGCUGAAGGAAUUGGACACGUUGAGGAAGAAGCAUCUGAAGGAACGGCAGACGAUGCAGAAGAACCAUUGCGCCGCCAUUGAUAAAUUGGUGAAGGGGAAGGACAAAAACGCGUUACUCCAAGACGCCAAUGUGAAGAAAGUAAUAAGCGAACAGACCACCCAAUGGUCCGCCAUGGUGGAGAAACAACGAAAAGAAGAAUGGGAAAUGCUGAAGAACCAGACGGAGGCAGCCAGGGAGGAGUUCAAAAAAUUAAUCGAAGUUGUACAGGCUGCGCAGGUGAAGCAACUACAGGCGAAACAUGACAAGGACAUUAAAGAUAUGAACGCGAAUCAAGUGAAAAUAUCAGUAGAAACUGCGAAGGAGGUGAUGAACGACAAGGCGUUGAAAUCGAAGGGUGACAAAGAUCGUAGACUUCGAGAGAAGAAAGAGCAAAAUACGAAGAAGUUCAUGCAGGAAAGGAAAACCGUGCAGAUCAAACAGGGCCGCGAAAAGGAGAAGCUGACGAAAUCGCAUGAGAAACAGGUGGCCGAGCUUGACGGUGAAAUUACCAUGACCAUCGAAAUGUACAAAAAUGAAGCGAUUGAACUUGAUUUGUCGUCUAAAACAGAAUUCUACUGUUGA